UGUAUUGUUUGUGAUUUUACUGUAUUUGGUAAGUUUUACAGUGGAAACGUAUGCAUUUUGUGUUAUUUUAAGCAUGCUAGCGAACUAAGUAUGUAUGUUUGAUUUGAAAAAAAAGAGCAAAAUGAAAGAAAAAAAAGACUAACAAAAUAAUGAAGGAAAUGAAAAAAUAAAACAAAUAAUGGGAAAGUAAUGCAAAAAUAGGAAAAGUAAAUGGGAAAGAAAUGCAGAAAUAAGAAAAAAAGUUUCAAAAUGCAAAAAAAAUUGGAACAUGAAAAAAUAAUCAUAGACAAAAAAAAAUUAAAAAGUAUGUGUCAAAAAAAAAAGUUUUAUGGACUGAUGGAAAUGGAAAACACCUUUAGGAUAACUGGACAUCAUGUACAAGGAAAAUCACCAACGCUCCAAUGCAGUAUUAGGGCGAAGGCAAUAGGGCAAUUGGACCAAGUUUCUAGAACUUUCUGGCUCAGAGGUAUAUUAGGGGAAGUGGAACAUUGUGUGUUGUGUGUGCAUUUUCUGAGGUGUUGUGGUGUUGUAGAUUAUGUGCGAGACACGAGCGACACAGAUUGCUCCAGCGACAAGGCGGAGUACGAGCCGGUAACGGAGCCCGAGGACGAGGGGCCGCUGGAUUGGGACUCGUCAGGGCAGAGCGACAACGAAAUAAUAGCGACAAAAGUGAUCGAAGUGAGCGUCGGCGACGACGGGGACCUCGAGUUCGCGGACUCGGAGCAGGACGAGUCGGAUGGCAGCGACUCCGAGAUGGACCUCCACGACUUCUGGGAGUGCGCGCAGUGCCGCGCCGAGAACAACAACCCGCUGUACCGCUACUGCGAGAAGUGUUUCAAGGUACGUAAAAACUUCUUCCCGCCGAGGCCGAGAAAAAACAAGCGUAAGCGAGUAUCUGACGUUCCGCGAACUAGCUCGGUCGAUUCCGGCGUCGAAUUCGCCUUUAACAGCCAGGAGAGUCUAUCCCAGGCCACUGACCAUGAUAGCCAGGUUACUAAUAGUCAGGGAACUAAUAGCCAGGUGACUGAUAUCCAGGUGACUGAUAGCCAAGCAACUGAUCUUAGUCAACCUGGCUCCAGUCAAACAGAGCUAAGUCAACCUGAGUCCCAAGGUACAUCCUCUACGCCGAUUUUAGGUAGACUUUUAAAGCGCCGCGCUGAAUCCGCCGAUCGUAAUAACAAGAGAAUGAGAAUCGAUUAUUCCGAUAGCGAUAGCGACGAUGAGCCUAGAUGUAGGAAAGCUAAAAGCGCCGAUCCCGAAGUAGCACCUUUAAUUAAAACUACCAGCGAUCCAUCGCUUACAAUCGAUGAUUCGGUCAAGCUUACUAAGAAAGCGAUUAUCAAUUCGAUUAAAGAUAAAUUCGAUAACGAGAAUCUGUGUAUAAUUUGCUACGCUGAGCCCAAAUCGGCAGUUUUCGUGCAUGGUAGGAUAGCGCAUAUUUGCUGUUGCUAUGAGUGCGCGAAUAAAGUUUGGAGGAAGGCUAAACGGUGUCCGCAGUGCAAUUGUAAAGUUAGUAAUGUUUUGAGAGUUUUGUAGAUAUGUGAACGUACGAGUGUUUAUAAAGGUUUGUACUAAAAUUGAGUAUUCAUAGCAAACUAGCAAGUUUGUUAACCAAAACUGGAUUUUAUGUUUGAUACGCCUAAAAAUAUAUGACACUGAAGAUUGUGCAGGUGACUAAGUACACCAUUUUUUUUUAAAUUUCAAAACGUAAUAAUUUUAAUUUUAGUACAAAUCUAAUAAAAAUGCUUUUGCGUUAACGACACAGAGUUUCGCCUGGAACUAGAAAAAUUAAAAUAUAAACAUCAAAAAUAUAAAAAAAAUUAAGAUUUUGCGCUAACUUAUUUGUAACACCUUAUAAAGUAUUUUUUUCUCGUUCAAGGCGAAACAAAGUGCGACAUUUCGAAAUCUCGCUUGCUUUAUUUAAAUCGUACCAACGUUACACAUUUUCGUAUGUGUUCACAUUUUUUUUCCGUCUAUUCAAUGCCUUAAAAACUCAGUAACUGAGUCUAUGGCUUGAAAAAAGGCUGAGUUUUUCUAUUAGAAUGUUUUUAAAUUACCUAAAAAAAUACAAUCAUUGUAUAGAUGAUUAAAGUCACUAGUAAAUAAGUUUAUUUUUAAUUUGCCACAAAUUUCAGUAUUUUUAGGCUAAGUGAGUGAAUGAUUUGAAAUGUUGUAUGUCAAUGGGUUAGGGGAACUUGUUUUCACUUGCGGACAGCCUUUUCAGCCAACCACCAGGCAAUUUUAUACAGAACUUCUUAACGAGCCGUCUGAUGAUGUGGUAUGUUAAAUAAAUAAAUAUUGAAUAUUUUUCUUUAUACCUAACAAGAUUUUUUUAGACAAAAAAAAACAUUAUUUCAUAUUUCCUGUUAAUAUGUAUUCCCCAAAAAUGCGGUAAUUAUUAAUUGAUAACAUUUUUCAUUUUUUUUAGCAUUAGAAAGAAGGUACUUGGCGUGUCUUUUUAUUCAAAAACACUUGAAAAAAAAAAGUCACAGCAAAUAUACGGUUACAAUUAUAAAUCAUAUUUGCUCUCAUAAGUAAGAUAAACUAAUGUUUAAAAAACGUUUUUCAAUAAAAAGACACGUUAAGAUUGUUUACCUUUUUUCUAAUGCAAAAAAAUGAUGUAUACCUAUUACUGGAAAGCACAUUUCUUUUAUUGAGUAUUUGCCUCGAUGGUAACUAUCGCUAUUUAUACUUAUAGCUAUUUACAAAGGGUUAUUCCCACUAGUUACCACCAAGUUGUUACCAGUGGUAACUACUGGGAUUUUUUCAUACCUUUUGCCAGUGGUAACAAUGGGUUAUUCCCACUAGUUACCACCAAUACUAUUAGAAUUAUUAGAACAAAUUAAUUUUUAAGAAAUUAUUUUAAUUUGUUUUUAUUUUAAGUAGAAAUAAAAUAAAAAUAAAUAAAUGUAUAAAUUUUUAUUAGCCUAUAGGUCACUUGGAGGCCUUGGUCACUUUUUCUUAGUAUAUGUCAUUUAUUUCAGUUAGUUACCACCAAGUUGCUACCAGUGGUAACUAUUGGGAUUUUUUUUCCCACUAACAGCUUGUAACAACUUUCUGGUAACUAGUGGGAAUAACCCUUUACAAUCGUUAAAAUAACGUUACAUGUACCACAUUGCUAGAUGACUCGCUGCGGAAAUUGAAAUAUUUUGUAGGUGUUUCCUCAUCUCAUAAUCGAAUAGACCUACAAUCGUCAUCUUCAUUAAUCGUCAUCAAAAGUUAAUUCUUAAAUCUUAUUAUAUUAAGAUUGGUCUACAAAUGUGUUGCUGUUAAUACAUAAACCAGCCUCUCAACACCUUCAUACAUUAGGUAUGAUACAGACAUUGCGGGCAAAUUAAGUCGUAAAAUAGUAAUUUAAAUACGAUAUUGCUUUUUAAUUAGGCGGGUGUCACAGAACGAGUCGCGUCACGAGGAAAUUGC